AUGGACACCGCCCAGGCCCAACGUCUACUCAGGUCAAUCGAGAACACCAGAUAUGCCGUCUUUGCUGCUGCGACCAUAAUGCUUUACGACCACGCCCUUUCCUUCCAUAGAGAGGUCGAACUUAUCUGGAAGAGGAGAACAUCCUUCAUUAACAACGUUUUUCUAUGGCAUCGAUACUUCGGUCUCUUUUGUAUACUGUUUGAGUUAAGUGUUGUCGUAAAUUAUCGUGUUACAGAAACAUUUCGUCGGGCGGUGGAUAUCUUUGCUGAUUCUGGAUUAGUUGCUCCUUCUGGCUUCGUUGGGAGAUUCUGUCAAUCAGUAUCUCAAUCCUCACAUCUGAACGUCAUGGUUCUCAUGUCAUGGAUAUAUGUGAUUUACGAUCGAAAUACACUAGUAGUGGCCAUGCUUCUAUGCCUUUAUGCUGCAGAGGUGGUUACGACGUUCGCGAUACUCGGGGUAUCUUUGGAUCAUGCACACACUUCCAAUCACAUUAUACCACCUGAGAUAUAUCCAUCCGCUUUUUGCAACCUGACUGAAAUCCCUCCACUCUAUAAUUUCUACUGGGUUCCGAAUCUGGCGUACAACGGGGUGAUAUUUAUCCUAUUUAUUUUGAAAAGCUAUCGGGUCCUUGGUCACCCUGCCCAACCGAAACAAAAGCAAAUCUUGUACGAUGUAUAUAAAAACUCUGCGAUGAACUAUGUAACGAUGUUUUCCGCAUACCUUCUGUGCUGCAUCUUGUGGAUCUCGGCAGAUUUUGCUCUCGCACGAAUCCCGGUGAUGUUUGCACUUUGUUUUUCGAUCAUGAACGCGACGAGGCUGUUGCUGAACGUUCGACAUGUAUACUUCACCCAUACACGCAGCCGUAUCAGCGUCAGGAGGGAUAGCGAUGACUCUGUAUUGACUGGGUUUGAUGGUAUGGAAGAGCGAUGGAUGUACGAGUUACGGGAGCUGAGGUGGAGCGGUCCGUCAGGGCCACAUGUGUAA